AUGUCACUUCUCGAUGAAGAGAUGAACGGUGUCCCUGUUGACCAAGAACCCGAUGAUGAAGAUGUGGAAGAUAUAACCGCUCGAAACGACUACAACCUAGAGCAAGCAAUCAUCGAAUUUGUCGAUGAACCGUCGAUUCGUCACGAUACCAUUCCCGAAAGUGACAGUGAUGAAGAAGAAGAAGAUGUUCCAGGGAUGAGAUGUCGUAACGAGAUCCGACGUGGUGAUGGAAAUUUGUACAAGAACCAAAUUUUCUACAACAAAAUCGCCUUUAAAGAAGCUGUCCUCGACUACAGUCUUCGCACAUCUAGGAAUAUCAGACAGUACAGGUAUGAUAAAACUAAACUUGGGUACCGUUGUAAUGCUGAAGGUUGUAAAUGGCGUAUCUACUGCUCUGUUGUCUCUAAUUCGGAUAAGUGGGAAGUUAAGAGAUUCAUUGAUAAUCAUAGUUGUUCGGUUAAUGGGGAGUGUGAGUUGAUGAAAGUGCCAGUGAUUGCAAGAUUAUUUCUACACAAGAUCCGGGAGGAACCAGAUUAUUUCAUGCCAAUGAAGAUUGAAGAGUUGAUAAUUAAGAAAUGGAAGAUUAGUGUAUCAAGACCUCAGUGCCAAUCUGCUAGGCUUAAAGCUUUGAAAUGGAUAGAUAAAGAAUAUGAAGAGCAGUUUGCACGGAUUAGAGAUUUUACUUCUGAGAUGGAAGAAUCAAAUCCGGGUUCUACUGUGGUUGUGGAUACACUGACAAAUGAGAAAGGUGAGGAUGAAUUCAAUAGAUUUUAUGUGUGCUUUGACAGUCUUAGAAGAACCUGGAAGGAGACAUGUAGGCCAAUAUUGGGAGUAUAUGGUUGUUUCUUAAGAGGGAAAACAAAAGUGGAGAAUGGCCCUAAUUGGCUUUGGUUUGUGAACAAGGUUAAAGCUGAUUUGGGACUAGGAGAUGGUGAAGGAUACAUCAUCGUCUCAGAUCGUCAGAAGGGUGUAAUUAGAGCUGUGCAGAUCGAGUUACCAAAGAUUGAACAUAUAGGAUGUGUGUGA